CGUCGUCGUCGUCGACGACAUUGUUACCAUUUCUAGUGUUAUCAUUCUCACGAUUACUGUGCUCAUCGUCGUCAUUUCCAUUCCUGUCGCUACAGCCGAGGGCCCACGUGGCCUGCUAAAAUGACCGCUCGUCUUCAAUCGUUGAGGCAUCAGGAGAAGAAAUCGGCCGGUAACAAUCACAGACAUCACCACCACCAUCAUCAUCAUCAUCAGCAUCAUCAACAAUCUCAACAGAACCUGCAUCAGGGACCGAGUCCGGCAGCCAGUCCCAAUCCUAGUCUUAGCCCGAGCCCUAAACACUCGGACGGUCGUCGAGCUAACAAACCACUAAUGGAAAAGCGACGGAGGGCGAGAAUCAAUCAGUCGUUGGCGGCGCUGAAAGCGCUUAUCCUCGACAGUGCCCGACUGGAGAAUACGAAGCACAGCAAGUUGGAGAAGGCUGACAUUUUAGAGUUGACAGUUCGUCAUUUACAAAGGCAAAGAUCACUUGCUCAGCCUGGUUUAUCGAGAUACAAGGCUGGUUAUCAAGAUUGCUCGAGGGAGGUAAGUCGAUAUCUCGAUGCCCCGGACAUAAUCACCGGGAAUACAACGCCGAUGGACCCUGCGGUCAAACAGAGAUUACUACGGCACUUGGAUAGUUGCGUGUCGGAAUUGGACUUGGAUCUGGGUUCGCGGCCGGAUAGCGGAUUAGGCAGCAGUCCCGGAAGCGUAACGGAUCGAGUGACGGGCGCGGGAAGUCCCGGUCCGUUGGAGCAUCACGUGCCAUCGACCGCACACUGCAGUACAGCUCUGAAUCCGGCCGGCUUGAUCAAAGCGGAGAUUCCAGAUGUCGAGCCAGCCAGGCCGGAUAGUAGUACUAUUGCGGGCGACGAAAACAACAAUAAUAGCAGCAGCAGUACUAGUGGGAACAGCCGGCCAACUUCUGCCUUUGGUCAACUUAAUCCCGGCGGUAGUCUCGAUUCUCUUCAUCACCCGCCACCUCCACCUCCACCCCCACCUCCACCGCCUCCUCCACCGCCACCUCCCCCAGGCAUACCGAUCAUCGAUCAUCAGGCUUCCAGUUCUCAACAGAAUUCGAACAUGUUGUCGGUUGUGCAAGUGAUACCAUCGAGAUUACCCGACGGACAGGUUGUUUUCCUGCUUCCUAGUCAUUACGUGCAACUAGCAGCAGCCGCCGCUGCGAACGGCAUUAGUAUCGGUCCAAAUCCACCCACGGCCAUUUGGGCUGCCACUAAUAUGUCUUUGCUCAAAGCCACGGAUAAACUCGCGAAAAGACCCCACGAGGAUGUGCACGAGUGGCAGGAUGCGACUUCUGUUGCCGCUAAUGCUGCUGCUGCCGCGGUCGUCGUGGCUGCCGCUGCCGCCGCCGGCACCACCGUCACCGGCACCGCUACCGCCACGUCCGCCAACGCUUCCGUCUCCGCUUCCGUUUCCGCAUCCGCCCCCGUUUCUAUCUUUACUACUACGAACAUCAUGCCCGGUCCAAAGCCUAGCAAAAGUCCAAGACUCGAACAACCGGAACAACCGCUCGAUUUUACCACUACCUCCAAAAAACUGAAACUCGGUAGUACUGUGGGAAGAACCGAUACUAUUAAUAACGCAGAGCACAAUGUUCAACAACAACAACAACAACAUUUCACGACACGAUUAUCCACGGAAGGAACAAUUCCGCACGAAGACAGACCGUCCAGUCAUACCAGCAGUAACGACUUUGUCACAGGAAUCCCUUCGCCGUCUCCACUACCCCAACAGCCUAUAAGAGACGAAGAAGGAAUGUGGAGGCCUUGGUGAAUCGUGAGUGAUGAAAGCGUUGGUGAACAAUGAAUUCGUAAAUACUUAUCUGUCGCCAAUUUGUUUCAUUCUGGGAACCGACGAACGCGAAACUUGAGAAAACACGCGAA